CCCAUUAGUCCCCACCCUUUCUUUCUCACAAUGUCAGUCUUAACUUGAUUCAUUGUGACCCCAUGUAUCACAACCAAAUGACCUACAAUGGACUCCCUUCGUCUUCCCCCUCCUCUCCUCCGCCGAACUUCUUCCCUCAGGGAUUCCUCUUCCACUCCUCAGUUGAAACCGAGAGUCACCAGCUCUCCCCUAUCCUCCCCUCCACCCCCUGCGUCAAUUCUCAGGACUUCGGAGGAGUGGCGGCAAUGUUGGGGAAGAGGACUGUGUGGAGUGAGGAGAUGGCGGUCGCCGCUGUUGCCGGCGAGGAAGAGCUCUCUGAUGAUUGCUCUUUGCCUGGGGAGAAAAAGAGAAGGCUGAAUAUGGAGCAAGUUCGGACAUUGGAGAGAAACUUUGAGCUUGGGAACAAGCUAGAGCCAGAGCGCAAGAUGCAGCUCGCAAGGGCGCUUGGGCUUCAGCCAAGGCAGAUCGCCAUCUGGUUUCAGAACCGGCGGGCGAGGUGGAAGACGAAGCAACUAGAGAAGGACUACGAAGCUCUUAAGAGAGAGUUCGAGAUUGUCAGGUCACAGAACGAUGCUCUUCACGCCCAUAACAAGAAACUUCAGGCUGAGCUAUCCGCUUUGAAAGGAAGGGACGGCGCAGAGUUAAUAAAUCUGAACAAAGAAACAGAGGGAUCCAGCAGCAAUAGGAGUGAAAACAGCUGUGACAUCAACUUGGAUAUCUCAAGAACAGCAGCCAUUGAUGGACCUGCAAUGAAUCCCAAUGAAACCGGCCGUCAAUUUUUUCCUUCUUACAGACCAACAACCAAUGUGACACAAUUGCCCAAGAUAGAGAAUGCCAUCCCCACCGCCGCCGCCGCCGGCGGCAGUGGCAAUGAUGAGAACUUCUGCAACAUCUUCUGCGGCGUCGACGAGCCAUCCGCCUUCUGGCCAUGGACGGAGCAUUGAAAUCUGAUUGUGCAAUAAGGAGGUGCCGGCCUUGUUGGCUGUACUAGCUGGCAUCUUCGAUCUCUAAGUUAAAAAAUCAUACUAUCAGAUAUGCGUGAUGCCUAAUUAUGCAAGCUAGCUAGUUUUCUGGAGAUAAUAUUCUAGCUAGCGGAGAACAAGGUUGAAAUAAGGGAGGUAUUUCUAUGCUUCUCCCAGUACAAAUGUACCCCCCUUCAUUCAUAGAGAUUGCUAAAGAAUCUUAUAAAAGAGUUGUGCUUGUUCAACAAAAAAAAAUUAAAAAAAAAAAAAGAAGAACAAGAAGAGCUGUGCUUCACAGGCCAAUGUUUGUUUAAAUUGAUUUGACGAUUCAUGUUAA